GCGGGCUUCCGAAAUUCACACACAUGGGUUUCUGAUGACACCAAACUCAUGCAGGACUGGUUAGUCAUUCGGAACGCUAUGAGGCGACUCUUUCGCCAUUCGGAAGUUGCCAAGUGGAAGUACACGGACUACAUUGCACAUAGGGAGGCAAUGAUUGCAUCCGCCAAAGCCCGUCUGGACAAGAAGUUGCGAGUAAAGGAAGAAGAGCGCCAGCGACGUCUUGCCCUUACAGAGCAGGACUAUGCAUACGCAGAAGGUCUGGGCUACAGUGUCUCCGGGUGCCUCAACUGGGGCGGCAAUCGGUCGCUCGUGCUUGGUGAGAAGACGAUUUGGUGCCUGGAUUGGCAGAACGGGAAAGAGGAGAUUGCCCCAUGGCCGACAUUGGCGGAGAUGAAGUGGGAGGGUGAUGACCGGGCAAAGACGAACGUCGGACGCUUCCUCCCCCUGCCUCGCGAGAUUGGCGCUCCUGGAAUCGCGUGGUCGCAACUCCAGGUUGUGGAGCAGUAUCCCCUGGACCAAGUGCAGAAGGUACCAACGCUCGAGGACAUUCUGCUUCCCGUCGACGAGAUCGAUGAUGAGGUCAAGUAUGACCUGAUCACCAAGGACCUUGAGGAUGCCAUGGAUGAGUACCUGGAGUCAUAG